AUGCUCACCAACAAUUACUCACUUGUUGAACCAGAAGAAGCAUGCAUGACUGUCAUUGUUGCCAUUUGUCAAAACAGCUAUGUUCUUUACCUCAAAGAGUUUCAAGCAAAAGAGAGCGAUGUUGUUGUUGCUAGCUUUCCAAAAUCAGGUACGAUUUGGUUAAAAGCCCUUACUUUUGCCAUUGUCAAUCACCAAAGUUUCUCCUCUUUAGAGGACCAUCCAUUACUCACUUCCAAUCCUCAUGAACUUGUGCCUUUCUUUGAGUUUAUCUUUGGUGGUAAUUAUAUUCAUGACCAAAAUCUUCACUUAUCCACCAUGACUGAGCCAAGGAUUUUUGGUACUCACACUCCAUUUCCAUCAUUACCCAAGUCAAUCAAGGAGUCUAAUUGUAAGAUAGUUUACAUUUGCAGAAACCCGUUUGACAACUUUGUUUCUGCAUGGAAUUACUUUAAUAAAAUUAAGCCAGUGAUUGUGUCUGAGUUAACAUUAGAAGAAGCCUUUGAAAUGUAUUGUAAUGGGAUAAUGGAUUAUGGUCCAUGGUGGAGUCAUAUGUUAGGAUAUUGGGAAGAGAGCAUGGCUCGACCAAACAAAGUUUUGUUCUUAAAGUAUGAUGAUCUCAAAGGAGAUGUCAAUCAGCAUGUCAAAAUUAUUGCAAAGUUCUUGGAUUGUCCUUUUUCUGAGGAAGAGGCGAGCAAUGAAAUGAUUGAAAGCAUAAUCAAACUAUGUAGCUUUGAGAAGAUGAAAGAUUUGGAAGUAAAUAAAUCUGGAAUGUACAAGGGUAGUAUUGAGAAAAAGAAUUUUUUUCGAAAGGGAGAGACUGGAGAUUGGGUGAAUUACUUUUCUCCUUCAAUGAUAGAAAAAUUAUCCAAAAUCAUUGAAGAAAAAUUAAAUGGAUCAGGUCUCUCAUUUGGAAGUGCUACCUUGCCAAUAAUCACCUCAUGCAGUGGCUGUGAUGUCAAGUAG